CUUGACGCCUGCGCAAUGGCAGCCCGGGAACUUUGACAAGAAAAUGGCGGCUUUUGCAGAAUUUUGGGGAUGAUUCGUCAAAUUAAGUCACUUAUUUACCCGGUCUGAUACACUGUGGAGCCACCAUGCCGCUUCUUGGGAAAAGUCAAACCGCCAGGGAGUUCAAACGUCUGCAGAAGGCCCGUCUGAAGGCUCAGUCCAACAACAACACUAAGGAGGAGGCAGAGAUCUGUAACCAGCUGGGAGAACUGCUGGCCAAACAUGGUGAAUAUGAGGAGGCCAUAGAAGAACAUCGUAAUGAGCUCCAGUUAUCAGACUCCAUUGGAGACAUCCUGGGUACCGCCAUCGCUCACCGCAAAAUCGGAGAGUGCCUGAGCAGCCUCGAUCGCUUUGACGACGCCGUGAAACACCAGCAGUCUCAUCUGCGACUAGCGAGGUCUUUGGCAAACCACGUGGAGGAACAGCGUGCGCUGGCCACCCUGGGGAGGACGUACCUGCUCCAGGCCGACAGUCUGACGGGGAGAGACGGUGCCACGACGGCGCUGAUCAAAUCUCAACAGGCUUUCCUGAAGAGUCUGGACGUGUGUGAUCUCCUCAGGGAUGUGGUGCCAAUCAGUGACUACAAUGAGAUGAGAGCUCGUCUGUUCCUGAACCUGGGAAUCGUGCUGGACAACAAAGGAGACGAUACCGGGGAAUGGAGGGCCUUCAUCAAAAAGUGUAUCUUCAUCUGCGAAAAGCACAAGUUGUUAGAAGACCUGUAUCGUGCCCACUACACACUUGGUGACAUCUACCAGCGCAGAGGCUACCCUGCACAAGCCCUGCGCUCCAUCGAGGCAGCUCUACAGUGUGCCAAGAAGAUGAAGGACAAGUUUAUAGAGAGUGAAUGUCUGGCAAGCACAGCGCAGAUCCACCUCCAUCUGGGAGACUGGUCGGCAGCCAAGCGGGCCCUCAGGAAGGCCUACAAGCUGGGUUCUCUGUUAGACAAGGACAGGCACAGGAUUAUCAGCUGUCUCAGGACAGCCAUUAAGGGUUGUCACCUGUUACGUGAACUGUCUGAGUUGUCUGAGGAUGAUCACCAGGGAAGAAUGUGCGUGUAUGAGAAGCUAGGAGACACCAGUUCUGAUCUGUGCCUGUACAGUAAGGCUGUGGAGUACUAUAACAAACAGCUCUCCUGUGCGACACAACUCCAGAAGCCAGCCCGUCAGAUGGCUGUUAUUCACUACUCCCUGGCUGCCAGCUAUGCAGACAUGAAAGAGUUCAGCAAGGCAGUGGACCACUACAGGCAGGAGCUACAGUACAGGAAGGGCAAUGUUAAGGAGGAAUGUAAAACUUUGCUGCUGUUGGCUCAGGCCCUAGAGGAUGAUGGGAGUGGUUACAGCCAGCUGGAAACUGUAUACCAGCAAGCUUUGCAGGCAGCAAGGCAGACAGAUUCUGACAAACUAAAGAUCCGUGUGUUGAAACACUUCUCCAUGGUACAAGACCAGUUUGGUGUGGACAGUGCAGACCUGAGGGAGGAGUUGAGCUGUGUGCGGGAUGAGAGCGGGGUGGCCUCGGGGGAGAGCAGUGAUGAGGAGGCUGAGUCAGACAGGGGAGGGAGUGAGUCUGUGGAGGAGGUGGACUUAUCUGCAUCAGAUGAAUCUGAGAAUGAAGAAUAUGAUCGAGGCACCACAGGGAGGGCCAGAAAGGGUUGGAUGAACCGUAAGAAUGAGAAAGGGGAGUCCAUGUUACACAGAGCCUGUAUCGAUGGGAACCUGAAGCUGGUGAAGUCACUGGUGGAGCAGGGGCAUCCCAUCAACCCUCGGGACUACUCCGGCUGGCUGCCGCUGCACGAGGCCUGUAACCAUGGUUACCUAGACAUUGUGGAGUAUUUGGUGGACCACAAUGCAGCUAUCAAUGACAGAGGAGGGGAACACUGUGAGGGGAUCACCCCCCUACACGAUGCAGCCAUCUGUGGACAUGGAGACAUCGUACAGCUGCUGGUCAGCAAAGGGGCCAAUGUGCUGGCCAAGGACGAUGAGGGCCGCACCCCCCUUGAUGCCCUGGUCAGUUGGAGACAGUCCUAUGAGAAAGAGUUGGAUGAAGAGGCCCUUAACCUCACACUCAGGACUGAGAGGGUGCUCAAGACUGCCAUAAAAGAAGGAAACCCCCAUGCAGCCCCUCUCCGGUCCAGAUCAGCCCUCCAUGAUGACCUGUUUGAUGAGGAAGACUCGGAAUCUGCCAACGCUGAACUUGCAGUACCACAACAGGUCACCAGGAGGCAGCCUCCCAGCAGGGUAGACACUAACACCAGUAGGAGAAGGGAGACUGGUAGAACACUGCAGAGAAAUACCAGUAAACCUCAGGAACGAAAACAAAGGGUUGGUAAAAGAAGCCACAUCUUUGGCUGUGCUGAGUCAGAUGACAGUGAAGGAUCCAAUGAUGUUGACACUUACUCAAGUGGCAGUUUAAGCCAAAGCCAGCCAGUAUCUGACAUAGACAUGGAAAACUUUCAGCAUUACUCAGAAAACGACAUACCUACCUCCAGCCAGGUACCCUGUGAGGAGUAUGAGGAUGACUUUGUUGAACUGAGACCAGCAAGAACUAAACAAAGGAACAGGGCUAUAUGUUCAAGGGUGAACAAUGAUCAUGAUUUGGAAGAAGAAACAUUUGGUUCUCAAGUGGAGCCAGAAGUACAUCUAAGUCAUAAUCUCCAUGAGGAGACAGAUACAGUAUCUUUAUUAGACGACCCAACAAACGUGUACCAACAGGCAAUGGCUUCUGUGGGGAGUAGCGCUGUCAGGCGGGAAUUCUCACAGAUCUCACAGCGACCGCGAGACCAGGAGGACGCCGCGACCAAUCACACGCCAGCUCUCAUCAAUGAGGAGGAGUACACGGGAGGGGAUGAUUGGUUAGUUGAUGAUGUGGUCCAAAGGCCGGCGAAGCGAGCGAAACUGAGCUGUGCCUUCAGUGGUGGGAAUCAAGUCAGAAGCGUCAGUAGCAGGAAGCCGUCCACUGGUAGUGGUGGAGAAGGGGAUGUUUGUAAUGAUGCAGGUGUGAACAGCAGAACUCAGACUCGAGGGAGCGCCAGUAACAGAACCUCUGGGAGAAAUCGUCUGACUCGUCCUAAGAGACAAACCCAGCUGACCCUAACAGGUAUGGGUGUGAGACAACAGGACAGGAGACAGGAUUCCAACAUGGUGGAUCUAACAGAGGACUCGCAGGUGCUCCCAGGGCCGUCCUCACGAGAGGAGGCCGUUGUCCCGGCUGCCCAGGUGCACAGUGCAGCAGCUGGACAGGUGCCCAUGAGGUUGAGGGUGAAAGUUCAGGACAAAACCUUUCUCAUACCCAUUCCCAACAGUGACAGUUGUAAGUCCAUAGACUGGCUGGGUGAGCAGGCUUCUCAGCGAUACUACAACAUGUGUGGCCUGCGCCCCAGACUAGCACUCCACACCAGGGAGGGGGCCAUGCUGGAGGCUCACGAUGCCAUCGCUGAUGUGCUCUCAACCAAUGAGGAGGUUGUAGGGAGAGUCCAGUCUUGGGACUUACCCCCACUCCCAGAACGGUAUAUCAAGGCUUGUGAGAACUCCAACACAGCCGUCCAUACCAGAGUGCGUGUGUUGUGUGAGUCCCAGCAGACUUCAGCCUGUCUGAGUGCCUCCAGCCUGGGUCUACGUCUGCCCAGUCUCUCCCCCCUCCUCAGUGCACUACAGUGUCAGUACUGCAUCAAAACUCUGGUCCUGGCUGGCAACAGGAUCGGGGACAAAGGUGCCCAUCUGCUGGCCUCAGCUGUAGUGACCCUGCCUAACCUGGUCCAGCUGGACAUCUCCUGUACUGGCCUGACUCAGGCCGGACUGACCACCAUGGCAGACGUGCUGGGAGGAGAGCAGAGUACCACCGGUCAGCUCCACACAGCCAUGCAGUCUGGGAAACCUCUACAGCACCUGGAAGAUUUGAACCUUGGUUUUAACCCACUGGGAGACAGCUGCACUCUGCCCCUGGCCAGACUGGUGCAGGCCUGCCCCCUGCUGACAGUACUGCAGCUCCAGUCUUGCUGCCUGAGUAUGAAGGUUUUCCAGCAGCACCGCAGACAACUCACUGAUGGGCUGAAAGGGGCCCUACACCUCCAGACCCUGGACAUAUCCCACAAUCCCCUGGGCUCCACAGGGGUGGAGCUGCUCCUGAAAUGUCUGGCACAGGACGUGGUGAUCUCGCUUGACCUCCGUGGGGUCAUCGCCACCUCCAGUAACAACCACCUGGCCAGACACGUGUCCUUGUACCUCGCUCAGCCUGACUGUGUACUGAAGCACCUGAAUGUGGCUGACAACUACCUGUGUGAUGACAUGUUGGAGGAGAUUACCAGAUCUCUGCAGUCCAACCCCACCCUACAGUCCCUACACGUGUCCACUAACUGUAAGCUGGGGAACCAGACCCUCCAGUCUGUGCUGGAGACUGUCCAGUCAGGCGUCCCUCUCCAGGAGCUGGACAUGUCAGGCUGUGGACUGACCGCUCCUCUCAACAACACAACACUGGAGCUGUUACAGCACAACACUGAGGGGCUCAGGAAGUUAAGACUCUGUGGGAACAAUCUGAAGAAAGGGGACAAGGACCAGAUUGUUGAUCUGUGGCACAUGAAGUGGGGAGGGAAAGCUCUCGUGCAUGUUGAGAAAAACAGCUGUAUGCUUGGGGUGGGAGAGUAGAGAAGUGUAGGGCACCGUCCUGUAACCAAAAAGUCAAAGUGACAAAAUAACAAAAAGUGGACUAAAAGACAAUAAAGUAUGUCAGUGUUAUUCAUGUAGCCCAAUCUUGCGAGGUGUCUGUGACAAUGUUAUUAGAUGUGAGUAGACACUGUGCAAUGUUCUGUGAGGUUUCAAUAUUGUGUUGAUAUUGUUAAUAUUACUCAUAUCACCAGAUAUUAAAUUAUGAAGUAUACAUGUGUGUACCUGUGCGACAAUAUCAAGGAUUUUGGAGUUGUUUGGUAAUAUGCAUAUAUAUAUAUAUAAAAUAUGAAUUUUGUACAUUUAUGAGAACACUUUCGUCAUGUCAAAGAUGUUUGAUUCUCGGAGUUGAGUAAACUGAUUUCUUGUAAAUAAUACGGGUACUGAUGAAAUAGAAUGUAGGAUAUUUGUUUUACAAGUUAUUUAUCUGCAGUGCUAUCCUAUUAGCAGUGCUUGUUAAGUGCCACCCUGCCAGAAAUCAUUAUUCCUCAACACAGUACAUGAUUCUUCACAAGAGUUAUAGUGAAUUGCUGUAUCUGUGGUUGAAAUUUUUACCCGUUCUUAAGCUUCAACUUAUCUGUUGACAUGCUUAUCACUCAUUAAUGUUACAGUGGGAACUUUCUAGUUUAUUUAUGUAGUACAAUGUACAUUUCCAUUAUCUACUGUAUGCCCCCAAAUUAUUACCUGUGGAUCUUGUUAAUGCUUAGAUCAGCUUGUAGAUCUUCAGGUUGUAUCAAAGAGUUGUAGCCUUGGAAGAAUGUACUUGGCAGAUGUCAAACCAUUCUGAAUGAUUCAUUGCGUUGACUAAACAUUGUUGUUUAUAUAGUAAGACCAAGAGUCUAAAUGUUUAGUGUAACUGCUACUUUUAUUAUGACCAUGUGUUAUAUUACUGCAAGUAACGUGGAAUUAAAAGCAGUUACAUAGACUUUUGUCUUUAACUUGAACCAAUCCAAAUCAGUUAGGCUAUCACUGCUUGACGUCAUAACAAUUAGUGCACUGAAUAAUCUGUAGCAUGUUGUUAAGUUGUUUGUUCCGGGACAAGGAUCUUUUGAAAUUCAGUCAGUACAGCAUUUCAUUUCUCAUGUAUGGUAGCAUUUUAACCACGCAUUUGUCCAAUCAAUUUCUAUUGUGGACUAUGCAGAUAAUACUUACUACCGUCCAUAAGUUUUCUUAGCAAGCAGCACAUCUUGAUUUGUUAAAGACUUGCUCAAGCACAUUACUAGAUAUUUCUAAAACAUAGCACUGCUUGUUGCUCAGUGACCAAUAGGAAAUCAUUUGAUACAUGAAGAGAAUUAUUUGUUCAGCUAACAUCCAUGUACAUCACAACGUGCAGCCAAGGUUACCCAGCUAUCCUCUGGCCAUUACCAUGGACUAAAAAUGAAGGACUGGUGUGAAUCUUGCAGGGUAUACCAAUGUGUACACAAUCAAUAGUUAGUAAAAUACAUGGUAUGAAAUGUAUAUACAUGUUAUAUUUACCAUAGAUAUUUAAACAUGGAAUCCCUACACUUCAAAAUUCAACAUUUGAAAUAAUGCUUUGUCCCUGUGUGUACAGUUUUCACUAAGCUACUACAGCAUAAUAGUGAAGUCAAUACUGACUAAGUUGUAUAAUUCAUAUUU